GAUCUUGCCAGGUGUGAAAAAUGGUGCAGCGCCUGACAUACCGCCGUAGGUUGUCCUACAACACAGCUUCCAACAAGACCAGACUGUCCCGAACACCCGGGAACAGGAUUGUUUACCUUUACACCAAGAAAGUGGGAAAGGCACCCAAGUCAGCAUGUGGUAUUUGCCCAGGAAGACUUCGUGGUGUCCGUGCUGUGCGCCCCAAAGUUCUGAUGAGGCUGUCAAAAACAAAGAAGCACGUUAGCAGAGCCUAUGGUGGUUCCAUGUGUGCCAAGUGUGUCCGUGACAGGAUCAAACGAGCUUUUCUUAUUGAAGAGCAGAAGAUCGUUGUGAAAGUGUUGAAGGCACAAGCACAGAGCCAGAAGUCAAAGUGAACCUAUUUGUAAUUUCAGCCCAAUAAAUGAAAUCUCCA